AUGAGUGAAGCGAAGGACUCUUUGGGCUCGCCACAGGAGCAGCAGGCGGGGUUAGACAUUCUUUCCCCUGUGCUGCCUAACACGGAUCGACCUGAAAGUUGUUUCACCAAGGUACUUCCUGGGAGCGGGAGCAACAGUAGGUGCAGUAGCAGCAAACCGCAGAAGGAACCACUCGAGGCGCCAACAGAAUUAGUGGCCCCUGACAAGGGUACUGAUGGGGAUAAUAUCGAUGCCAAUGAGUCGGGUCAGCACGACCGCCGCUUCCACGUGCUGAGUGCUGACAAGAACAAAGCGCUGUGUAUCCCGUCCGAAUUCAUCGAGACUACUUCUGGGUCGAAAAACUAUUUGUCACGAAACAGAGGUACAAAGGAGCCGAGUUACGCACUAUACCUUUGCAAAUCCUUUUCCACCAAUGCCUCGUGUGCCCACGGGGACCGUUGUGACUUCAUCCACAGUCGGCACACCUUUGCAGAACCUCGUGACGGUGACUUGCCUGUGACUGUCAAUCUGGUUCACUGGUCCACACCUGUUGCCUUAUUGGAAGAAGCACCAUACGAGCGACAUGAACCAGGCUCAGUUUUUUACAUCAACGCGGGUCACUCUUUGCGAGGCGGAGCAGCGAACCCGGUGCAAGUGCCUUCAGAGCAAGUCUACCGUACGAAGGGCAGCGAGGAGGCUCAACACAGUGACUCCACGAAAUAUCUCCGGUUUUGCAAGCAUUACGAACGCGAAAGGUGUGGGCGUGGAAGUUUGUGUAACUUUAUUCACCGUGUUCAUUUGAACACGCGUUCCCCCCAAAUGCCGUCUCAAGGCCACUCGAUGCGGUCGCAGCGGCAGCAAUACAACUCGGCCUACAGGGGUGGUUACGGAGGCGGUGGAGGCCACGGCCACCUUCACCCACAACAGCUUCAGCAGAUGCAUCGUUCCCACCCCCAUCCCCACGGCGGCCUAAGUGGGCAUUCCCAACACAUGGGCGGGCACCCGUACCAGAGCCGCGGUGGCUAUCGGCAACAGCAUCAACAGGCGGGAUCUCCGCAUGGCGGUUCCAGUGGUUAUAUGACCAACAACCUGCCGCUGCACCAACAACAUGCAGCGGGACCUGUUUCCUUCGGUAGUUGUGGCCCAAUGCAACAAGGUAGAGGUCCACUCGUAGUGCCACCGGGCCCGUCUUACAAACAUCACCACAACUCAUUUCAGCAGCAACAACAACAACAGCAAACGCAUCAUCAUCACCACCACCACCACCAUCAUCCGCCCCACUUACAACAACAACAACAAUCUCGUGUGUUGAAUGCGUCUCAGGGGUAUUCGUUUGAGCCCGUCUACACCUCGCGACCGACUUCAUAUACGAACAACUCUCCGGCGGAGAUGCCGGCGAUGCCAUUAAGCCCUUCUUCUCCAUACUUUACGCAGCGGCAGCAGCACCCGGAGGCUUCACAGCUCCCGGGACCUGAGGUGUCGCGGCAGCCUGUUAACCAACGCAGUUCCGCCUCCGACUACGUCAUCUCGCCGCUGUUGCUUACAUAUGUGUAA